AUGAUGGUUGGCGUGCCUAAAAGCAAAGGAUGCCAGACGUGCAUUCAACGGCGGGUGAAGUGCGAUCUCUCACGGCCGAAAUGCUCCCAAUGCCACCGAUAUGGCACCGACUGCCCCGGAUACAUCAGAUCUCACAAGUUCAUGGACGAAGGACCACAGCUUCGAACCCGGUAUGCCAAGACGGGAAAGCCAUCAGAGUCCAUUGACGAGUGCAUUGCCCCCGCGCUCGUUGCCCGAUCAAUGGGCAAACAGCAGCCCGUGAUAUUUGGCGAUUUCGUCAUGGCCGCGUUCACACGCUGGUUCGGACUGAAUAAAUACCGAGUCCACGUACCUUGGACAGGCUACAUCGCCCAGCACAGUGGAAAGAGCCCUGCAUUCGAUGCAGCAGUAUACAGCAUGAAUUUAGUAUUCAUGGGCCACACUCACGACGAUAAUAAACUCCAGCAGUCCAGCCGUGAGAUGUACAGCAAGGCGCUACGACUCUUCGGCGACACGAUUCGCACCGAGGCGGCCAUGAAGUCUCGCGAUAGCGUCAGUAUCACGAUCGUGCUCAGUUUGUUCGAAGCGUACUCUCGUACGAAUCCGGACUCGUGGGCUCGACAUGCUUCCGGUACGGCGGUGCUUAUGGCUCACCGGGGUCCGGCUGCGCAUCUCACGGGCUUUGAUCGAUGCUUGUAUCUUUCUUUCAGAAGCUUUAUUGUUGCGGAGGCCUUCGUCAAUGACAAGAAAUGUAUUUUCGAGCUACCCGAAUGGCAGGCUCACAUUCACCAGGUUCGCAGCGAAGAUAUGACUGAUCCUCGAGUGGAUGGUCCUAUUGCUCUGUUCAUCGAUCUGCAAGAUCGCAUCUUUGUUGAGGUUGUCAAGAUUCCAGGGAUGCUGUUUCGGUCUCGUCGGCUACAGCGAGAAUCCCAGCCGGGUGAUGCAGCAAAUCAGGUAUUGGAACAAGUGCUUCAAUGUAGCAAGACGAUAAGCACGCUCUCGGCCCAUCUCCGACUCGCUGCUGCGGUGCAAAAGUACAAUUGGUGCAAGCCGGAAGACAGAGGAAGUGUCGAAUCCAAUGACAAGGCUCAAUUCAUCGGACCAAUUCCCUCGACAUUCCCUCAACAAUUUGCAAACAGUGUGCUUCACGGAUGCGACAUCUGUCUGUUUCUUCUUGGUCUUCUGCAAGACCACUUACAAGGCUAUUGCCACGUUGGUAUUGCAAGUGGCGCUUCGGAUGGAACUCAGACAGCCCCAGCAGACCGUCUCCCUUUUCGAAUUGUCUCCAAGCUUCGCAGCAGCUCGGGCAAUGCGAUGCCAUCAAGUGUAAUUAGCGCCUUGCACAAAGACUUGCCAUCGCCAGACAAAUGGCUCGAUCUCGUCGCAGCAUCUAUGGGAUUAGAGGCAUUUGAUAUCAUCACACACACUACCAAGAGCCAUCAGACGACUUGA